ACCCGGCGGGGACCACCCCUCCGGCCGGAAGCGAGCGGCAGGCGCGCCGGAAGUACCGGGGAGCGGAAGCGGCGGCGGCGGUGUCCUUCUGGGCCGUGACGCCGGGGCGGCACCAUGGCGGACGCGGCCUCGCAGGUGCUGCUGGGCUCGGGGCUGACCGUGCUCUCGCAGCCCCUCAUGUACGUGAAGGUGCUGGUGCAGGUGGGGUACGAGCCGCUGCCGCCCACCCUGGGGAGGAACGUUUUCGGACGCCAGGUCUACCAAUUGCCCGGUCUAUUCGCUUAUGCCAAGCACAUCGUGAAGGUUGACGGAAGAGCGGGACUCUUCAAAGGCCUCGCCCCCCGCCUCUGCUCCAGCGCCAUCGGCACCGUGGUGCACAGCAAAGUGCUGCAGCGGUACCAGGAAGCUGAGCAGGCUGAGCCUGGAGCCAGCAAGAAGGAGCCUGUGUCCUCGCUGGAGCAGGUCCUCAAGGAGACCUCCCGAGAGAUGGUCGCUCGCUCUGCCGCCACGCUCAUCACCCACCCCUUUCACGUGAUCACCCUGCGCUGCAUGGUGCAGUUCAUCGGCCGGGAGACCAAGUACAGCGGGACACUAAGCGCCUUCACUACGAUUUACCGAGAAGAGGGCAUCCUGGGCUUCUUCGCCGGCCUCAUCCCCCGGCUCCUCGGGGACAUCCUUUCGCUCUGGCUCUGCAACAUGCUGGCUUACCUCAUCAACACAUACGCGCUGGAGAAUGGGGUCUCAACUAUGGCUGAGAUGAAGAGUUACUCGCAGGCAGUCACUGGAUUCUUCGCCAGCAUGCUGACCUACCCCUUCGUGCUGGUCUCCAACCUGAUGGCUGUCAAUAACUGUGGGCUGGCAGGGGGCCUCCUCCCCUACGCGCCCACCUAUUCCUCCUGGCUGGACUGCUGGAGCCAGCUGCACAGGGAGGGCAACAUGAGCCGAGGGAACAGCCUGUUUUUCCGCAAGGUGCCCGCAGGGAAGCGAUACGUGUGGGAGGAGAGGAGGUUUCGCUGAAGCUGGAAGCGAGAGUGGAGUCAGGAAGCCAACGUUGGGCUCUGGAGGCAAAGAAUUAUGAGAGUGGUGAUUUCUAUACAGUUUUUUAAAAUCAUUUAAUGCUGAGAGAUGAA